CCUUACGGCAUCGGCUAUUUAGCCACUACGAAAAAUCGAUUCUCCUUUCUCUUUGUUGGGGUGUUGACCCAUAAUUAGCAACGUUGCCGUUGUUGUUAGUUUUCUAUUAGAUUUCAUUUUUAUGCAGCUUUCCAAAUUCCAACAGUAACCUCUAAUUGCAAUGUUUGUGUUACGAAUGAAUAAAAUCAGAUGUAAUUACACGUAAUUAAUGCAAAUGAGAAGAUUGCAGUCAAUCAGUGGCAUAGUUACUUAAUAAAAGUCAGACAUUUAUAACAUUUUUUAGUUACCAAUGCAACCAUUAUAUAUAUUUUUAAUUGCCCUCGCAACACUGUUACCGUUAAACUGUCAAAGUCAAAAUAAAGUUUUAGAUUUUACAAAAUUUUCAAGAAAAAUACUGUUAAUAAUUAUAGUGUUCGUAAUAUAAAGAACCAAGAAAAACCACGGUUAACCUAACCUUGUCGUUUACGGCGGCAAGUUUGAAAUGUCAGAACGCAAAAACAAGUUCGAUCAAAAGCAAUUAUUUAACUAUUUGGCAAAAGAUUUUCACGAUUUAGUAAGUAACAAACAGGCCCUUCGUGCAGCUAUAGACAUUUUUUUCAACAAUUUAAUAGAUGAAUUAACAUUAGGCAUUAUAUUCGACUUGCACAGAAAAUACAAAACAAACGCUUAUUCGUUGGACGUAGACGAAACUUCAGAAGACGCAGAAGCUGGUGACGUUGAAAUUUUCUCUCUACCCAAUGUUAAGAAGAAUCAAGAGUGCGUUUGUCCGAAUCCGACAUGUAAUCGUACAGUGGGUCCUGUGAGAUUUGCAAAACAUUUAGAACAAUGCAUGGGCAUGGGAAGGACUCCGAGAAAUGCAUCUAGAAGAGCCGUGUGUACUAGUAAAGACGGUGUAAGUUAUGGGGGUGUGACUAGUGAUGAUGACGAUGAUGUCGACUGGAACUCGGGUGGACAACGAAAGAAGAAAAAAGACAAAAAUGGUAGUAAAAAGAAAGGAGGAACGCCCAAGAAAAAUAACGAGAUCCCUCCAGAAAUAAUAGAUUCGUUGAACGUCGACAUAGAAGGUGAAGACGAAGAACUGACCAACCUCAGGGAUAUUUUGCGUCUGCAAGACCAUUCGAAUAGCACAUCACCGGCCGAUUCGGCUUCCAGCUCAGGAUCCAGUAAAAAGAAAGACAAAUCGAAAAACAAGAAAGGAAGCAAGAGGGAGAAGCGAUCACCUAGUCCCAGUUCGGCAUUAGUUUAGAUUAAUUUAUUUUUAUAAUGUUACGGCUAUUUAAAAAAAAAUGCUUUUUAUCGUGAUUCUGUUUAGAUCUCUUUUUAUAUAUUGAUGUAUUAUUAUUAUUAAAAUCAUAUUUUUCAUGUAAAUUAAUUUAAUAAAGAAAAUAUUAU